UGUAAAUAAAAAGUUAGGUUAUGUUACAAUUUUUACAAAUUCCCUUGUAACAGAAACACCCAUUAACAGCGUGAUUUCAUUUUUUUGCAACAUUCCAAACCAUUAAAAUACGAAUCAGAUAAACUUGAAAAUGACAUUGAUAUGAUUUUUUACAGUUUUUGUUUUAACUAUUUACAUUACAAGUAGAGGUAGACCGUUGUAAAAUCAUGAAGUCAAUGAAAGCUGUACAAACUAUAAACCUCUUUGUUUUUCGUGAAAUAACAAAGAUUCCGAUGAAUAUUUGUGGUUUUCCUCAGCUACUUCAUACUCAAAAAUGCUACAAAGCAACUGAUGCUAUGGAGGAAAAGCGGAGAGCCGCAUUAAUGGCAAGAAAUCUUCCUAAACAAAAACCCAUUCCUGGCGUAAAGCACAUCUUACUCAUUGCAUCCGGAAAAGGUGGAGUCGGAAAAUCGACAACAGCAGUCAAUUUGGCCACAGCUCUAGCGUCAAUCAAGCCGAGCCUGAAUAUUGGACUGUUGGAUGCUGAUGUAUAUGGCCCUUCUAUACCACUCAUGAUGAACCUCAAUGAAUCACCAUACCUCAAUGAAGAUGACUUGAUGAUUCCUUUGAUCAACUAUGGUGUAAAAUGUAUGUCGAUGGGAUUCCUGGUGACAGAGAAGUCAGCUGUGAUGUGGAGAGGCUUGAUGGUGAUGAGCGCCCUGGACAAAUUGCUGAGGAAGGUGGAGUGGGGAGACCUGGACUGUCUAGUGGUCGAUACUCCGCCGGGCACCGGAGACACACACUUGUCUCUCGUCCAAAACCUCCCUCUAUCAGGCGUUGUGCUGGUAACAACUCCGCAGCAAGCUGCAUUGCAGGUUGUGAGACGAGGUGUGACUAUGUUUGAGAAGUUGGCAGUACCGAUUGCUGGCAUAGUACAGAAUAUGAGCAGUGUCGCCUGCCCUAACUGCGCCUCAACCAUCUCUCUGUUUGGAGAUGCUACCACUAAAAUGGCUGAUGAUUUAGGUAUCAAAUUCCUUGAAGAUAUUAUAUUGGAUCCACAAAUAGCAAGCUGUAGCGAUUCUGGAGUUCCAAUUGUCAUCUCAAACCCAGAAAGUCCACAAAGUGCUGCAUAUUUGAGAUUAGCAGAAAAAGUUGCCGAAUUCUUGAGGAAUCGGGAAUCAGAUCGUCUGUUUACAAAUGACGACGAGCGCGAGAGUGUGGAUGGCUUCUAUGUUAAUGCUUGCCUUCGCUCCGACUUUUGUCAAGACAAGGCGAGCAAAGGUCAGGCCAAGCGGAAGCAACAACUUUAUACUCAAAAAUGCUAUAAAGCAACUGAUGCUAUGGAGGAAAAGCGGAGAGCUGCAUUAAUGGCAAGAAAUCUUCCUAAACAAAAACCCAUUCCUGGCGUAAAGCACAUCUUACUCAUUGCAUCCGGCAAAGGUGGAGUCGGGAAAUCGACAACUGCAGUCAAUUUGGCCACAGCUCUAGCGUCUAUCAAGCCGAGCCUGAAUAUUGGACUUUUGGAUGCUGAUGUAUAUGGCCCUUCAAUACCACUCAUGAUGAACCUCAAUGAAUCACCAUACCUCAAUGAAGAUGACUUGAUGAUUCCUUUGAUCAACUAUGGUGUAAAAUGUAUGUCGAUGGGAUUCCUGGUGACAGAGAAGUCAGCUGUGAUGUGGAGAGGCUUGAUGGUGAUGAGUGCCCUGGACAAAUUGCUGAGGAAGGUGGAGUGGGGAGACCUGGACUGUCUAGUGGUCGAUACUCCGCCGGGCACCGGAGACACACACUUGUCUCUCGUACAAAACCUCCCUCUAUCAGGUGUUGUGCUGGUAACAACUCCGCAGCAGGCUGCCUUGCAGGUGGUGAGACGAGGUGUGACUAUGUUUGAGAAGUUGGCAGUACCGAUUGCUGGCAUAGUACAGAAUAUGAGCAGUGUCGCCUGCCCUAACUGCGCCUCAACCAUAUCUCUGUUUGGAGAUGCUACCACUAAAAUGGCUGAUGAUUUAGGUUGGUAUUUUAUGUAUAUUUAUUUAUACAAUAUGAUAAUUUCCACUAAGUCUAACAAGACCCAUAGUGAAUUAGUUUUCUCGUUGUAG